AUGCCAGGAAUCACCGAUAUCCGUUUCGAACAUCAUCACCCAAGGGACAUCGGGAUAGGAGAAUCUUGCCCCCGUAUCUCAUGGAGUUACACAGGAGAAGAUCGAGACUGGGUGCAAGAGUUCUAUACCAUCGAAGUUUCGCGUCACGGGGUCACCAAAAGCUAUUCCAUUCGCUCAAGCCAAUGCUUGUUUGUUCCUUGGCCUUCAGCGCCAUUGUCUUCUAUGGAAGUUAGUCUUAUUCGAGUUCGCGCAUCGGAUGAUGAAGGCAACCUGACCGAAUGGUCCGAUAUUGCAACUGUCGAAGUUGGCCUGCUUCAUCGAGAAGACUGGAAGUGCCAGUUGAUUCACGCAGAUCAUGUGGAGCGGCCUGAAUACAAUCAUCGCCCGAUAGUUUUCAAACGGGAAUUUUCUCUUCAGCAACACAUCCGUCGUGCACGUCUUUAUAUCACUGCCCACGGCAUCUACUCCGCCAAACUAAAUGGCAAGCCGAUCAGUGAUCAUGUGCUAUCACCGGGGUGGACCGAUUACAACAACCGACUUGUAUAUCAGACAUCUGAUAUUACCUCUCUUCUGGAGUUUGACCAUAACAUGCUACACGUCACUGUUGCCCCGGGGUGGCAUUGUGGGCGACUUGGUUGGGGCUCUGGGAAAACCAAUAUAUACAGCUCAGAUCUUGGAGUCAUUGCUUUGCUCCGAGUUGACUACGAGAAUGGCGACAUCUCUAUGCUAGGCACAGACAGAAAAUGGCAAUGGGGAUAUGGACCAACUAUCUCUGCAGAACUGUACGACGGUGAAGUCUUCGACGCAAGUCAAUCUCUGUCUCCGCUCACCCAGUGGGGGAGUGUCGAUUGCAAACCAAUUGGCGAUCGGCUUGAAGCACCGGAUGGUCCGCCGAUCAAACGGACUCAAGAGGUCCAUCCGAUUGCAAUUCUAACGAGCCCAUCGGGGCAGAGAAUCAUCGACAUGGGGCAAAACAUGGUCGGUUGGCUUCGUAUAAAAGUCAUUGGAGGUGCCACAGGACAUCGAAUCCAACUCCAAUUUGCUGAAGCCCUUGAAGACGGCGAAUGUGCUCUCCGCACACUGCGGAACGCCAAAGCGCGAGAUACAGUGAUCAUGACCGAGCAGGGAACUCUCGAAUGGGAGCCAGAAUUCACAUAUCAUGGUUUCCGCUAUGUCGGAGUGGACGGCUGGCCUGGUGUGCUGACAAUCGAUUCCGUCAAAGGAAUAGUGGUUCAUACGGACAUGAAGAGAACGGGGAGCUUCUCAUGCUCAAACCCUCUGCUUAACAAGCUUCAUGAAAAUAUUGUCUGGUCGAUGCGAGGAAAUUUUGUUGGAAUACCCACCGACUGUCCGCAGCGUGAUGAACGGCUAGGCUGGACCGGCGACAUAAAUGUCUUUGCUGAUGCAGGGAAUUUUCUCUACCGCAUUGGAGGAACCCUGAAGACUUGGCUUGACGACCUGAAGUAUGAGCAGCAGGAAGCGAAAGGAAUUGUACCAUUAGUGAUUCCCAACGUGAUUGAUGGCUUCGACCAGGAUGCGCAUGCUAUAUGGGGGGAUGUCGCCGUGAUGCUGCCAUGGUCUUUGUAUCGAGCUACCGGCGAUACUCAGAUGCUAGCUCGGCAGUAUUCAAGUAUGAAGGCUUGGUUGGAUGUUAUCCCCCGUCGUGAAAAUCAGUUAUGGGACUAUAUCUCUGACUGGAAGCUUGGAGAUUGGCUCGAUCCUGCUGCUCCUGCUGACGACUGUGGAAAAGCAACCACCAAUCCGAGUUUUGUUUCGGAUGCAUUUCUCGCUCAUGUGACCACAUUAAUGAAGAACAUCAGUGAGAUCUUGAAGGAACCCCAGGAUGCGCAGAAAUACUCAAAGGAUUCGGAGGAGAUCCACUCCGCCUUCGCUCAUGAGUACAUUACACCAGCUGGCCUUGUGGCCAAUUCUACCCAAACUGCGUUUGCGCUUGCAAUACAGUUCAAUCUACUCCCGUCUGAAAAGCAACAGUCACAUGCUGCUCAAUACUUAUCCAAAAUUAUCCGUGAAGUCUACCGAUACAAAAUUGGAACUGGAUUUGCAGGCACCCCAUAUAUCGGCCACGCUUUGUCCAAAGUCGGUUUAUCAGACAUCUUCUACCGCAUGCUUCUCUGCAGGAAAAACCCAAGUUGGUUAUAUCCCGUGACCAUGGGCGCUACCACUGUGUGGGAGCGUUGGGAUAGUAUGUUACCCGAUGGCUCAAUCAACUCCGGAGACAUGACCAGUUUCAAUCACUACGCCUUAGGAUCAGUGGCAAGCUGGAUGCACAGCGUGAUACUUGGAUUCCGAAUCGAGGAGGCUGGUUGGAAAAAGAUCAAAAUCGAGCCCAUUCCGGGGGGUGGUUUGAGAUGGGCCAGUGGUGAAUACCUAAGCGGAUUUGGAUUGUAUAGAGUCAGGUGGCUGGUGGUAGAGGGUCCUGAAAAGCAGCAUGAGAGACUCUGGGUUGAGGUUCAGGUUCCCCCCAAUACCUCGGCAGAUGUGAAGUUGCCCAACUCUGAAGAGUGGAAUCAUAUUGGGUCAGGAUCGUAUAGCUGGACAGUCCCAUUCCAGUCAACCCAGUGGCCACCAGACCCUAUGGUUUUACCAUUCGGUCAACAGGAGGCGUUCCCAGUGGACGAGUCUCUCCCUUGCCCCUGGGAUAUGAAAGUGUAG